AUGGCUGAACAAAGCAUGUAUCACGAGAUGUACCGCAAUGCGUCCAUCGGCGGCACACUUGCAGAUACCCUGGACGAUCUUAUUAGUAGUCGCCGCAUCGAGCCUCAGCUUGCCAUCAAGAUCAUGACGAACUUCGACAAGGCCAUCGCGCAGGUGCUCGGUGAAAAGGUUAAGGCCAGAAUGAGCUUCAAGGGACACCUUGACACAUACCGUUUCUGUGAUGACGUUUGGACCUUCAUACUUAAGGACGUCAAGGUCAAGCUGGACAACUCACAGCAGAUUGAGGUCGAGAAGGUCAGAAUCGUCAGCUUGCUCAACGCCAACUCUGCCCACAACAGCGGAAAGAAGUAG